AUGUCGUCCUCAGUGUUCUUCAAAUUCAAAUCUUCUAAGGAGCCCCAGCGCAUCACGUUUGAUGGCACUGGCAUUUCAGUUUUUGAAUUGAAGAGAGAAAUUAUCACCUCCACUGGUCUUGGUGAUGGUACGGACUUUGAUCUUUCUAUCUACACUGAAGACACCAACGAAGAAUACGAUGACGAUACCACUAUAAUUCCUCGCUCGACUACCGUUCUCGCUCGUCGUCUCCCAGCAGCUAGGCCCGGUCAUGGCAGAGCUGCUCGUUAUGUGUCAGGCAAGGCACCUGUUACUGCGAAGAACUCUUAUCGCACUGAGUCUGCCGCAUCCAAGCCCGUUGCCCCCAAGCCUGCAGUUGACGGGGCGUCGGCUAUGAACAGCGCCCAGACAGAAGAGGAGAGGAUCGCAGCUAUGUUUGCUGCUGGCGCUGAGAACUGGGAGCAACAGAAGGCUAAAAUGGCUGAUGCCAAGCCUGUUUAUCGACCUGGACACAAGGGCAGGCCUAACAAUGUUCCAGAAGGCGAGCCUCCGGAGACUUACAUUUGCCAUCGCUGCCACGUUAAAGGCCAUUGGAUUCAGGCAUGUCCUACAAACGACGACCCGAACUUCGAGAACAAGCCACGCAUUAAGCGUACUACCGGCAUUCCUCGCUCGAUGCUACAGACCAUUGAGAAGCCUGUCGCUCUUACCAAUGAUGGCUUGACUGAUGAGACUCGUCAACCUUCCGGUGUCAUGAUCAACGCUGCAGGCGAGUAUGUCAUAGCAAAGCCAGACGAGGCAUCCUGGAAGCAAUACCAAGCCAAGGCUCAAGCUUCCGCCGCGAAGCAAGAAGCUCAGUCUGCUGGAAGCCAGGAACUUCGGGACCGAGGACUAGAGUGCUCAAUUGACAAACGGAUGUUUGUGGAUCCAAUGAAGACACCUUGCUGUGGAAUGACAUACUGCAAUGAUUGUAUUGAGAAUGCACUCAUCAACAGUGACUUCGUAUGUCCGAACUGUUCCAAAGAAGGUGUGCUCAUCGACGACCUUACUUCCGACGAGGAAAUGGUUGCGAAGAUCAAGGCCUACGAGGAUGAGAAGUCUGCAGAGAGGAAAGCUAAGGAGGCUUCUAAGAGCCCCACUGUUGAGAAGGCGUCACUUGCUGGAGGAGAGGGGAAGAGCCCUAGUGCAAAUGGUACCCCAGAGGUCAAGGCCGCCAAGCUUGGUUCGCCAUCAGCGACCAAGUCCACACCUGAGACUCCAGCCGCCGUGCCUGUUGGUCCUGCUGCUACUAACGGUGUUUCAAAGAAGCGCCCUGCCGAAGACGAGCUUAAGAAUGAUCGGAUACCCACGGCUCCAGCUGCCAUGCGGAAGCAACAAGAACAGCAGAAGGUCCAAGCUCCCAGCGGAUCGGAUCAGGCCUUCAUCAACCAGAUGAAUGCUCUGGCCGGUGGCCCAUCCUCCAUGAUGCCCAAUCAGUUUCCAAGCGGCAACAACUUUAUGCCUUACAACAACAUGAAUGGGAUGGGCUUUCAGAAUAGUAUGAUGGGCAUGGGCAUGAGCAUGGGUUCCAUGAUGGGUAUGCCGAAUGCUAUGAUGAACCCCAUGAUGAUGCAGCAGCAGCAGCAGCAGCAGCAGGGUGGCUGGAACAACAUGGGUGGCAUGGGAGGAUACCCGCAGCAGAAUGGUAUGUACGGCAAUUACGGUAAUGGCAUGAUGAACGGCGGAUACGGUCAACAAAACUGGCAGUCCAACCAAGGUUGGAGUAUGAAUGGCAUGGGCCCGCAAGGUCAAAAGCCCGGUGUCUUUCCAAACCAACAGCGAACCGUCUUCAGCGAACCUUUCCCAAACGAAGAAGACAACGCCUACUUCCGCAAGCCUGUCAAUCCUCAUAGGCAUCAGAACCGUCAGCGCAGGGCCAGACCCAGCGACUGGACCGAGCUUUGA